AUUUUGCUGACGUCUCUUGUUCGUGUGUUUUUCGUCAAUGGGGAAUACCAUUGCAGACUAUGUACGAAUGGAUUAUUGGAUGUUAAUUACACAACAUUACAGUAUUUCGAGUUAUUAGCAAAAGAGGUCUGAAGGAGUAUUACAUCUGUUAGUAUCACUCUGCUAAGUGGAUUUUAAAGCCUGUUGAAAUUUGCUGGACCUUCACCACCUGCUCUCACCACUCAAACAAUUGCAAAAAAAAAGUAUUGUCCGAAAAACAUAUAUCUGAUUGAAGUUGGUCGGAACUCUGUGUACUUAAAAUUAAGUUUUUUAUAUGCGAAGACAAGUAGAAGUCUGUGGAUGUUUAAAACCACUAAGUAACUGAUCAGAGCAAAUAUUGUAGUGUAGAAUCAUUUGCCGUGUUCCUUUGCUGGUUGUUCUCUUUCCCGAUUCAUCCAUCUGAAUAUGGUACGCAGUCUUUUCUAGGACGCAAGAAGAUGAGCGGUGGGAGUGGAAGCGGUAGUAGCAGCAGCACGAAGAACCAUGUAAAUGGUAUGUAUCAUAUCACGAUCGGCGACACCACCUUCCACGUUCUAAAGCGGUACCAGAAUCUAAAGAGUAUCGGAUCCGGAGCUCAGGGACAUGUCUGCGCUGCCUAUGAUACAAUAACCAAUCAAAAUGUAGCAAUCAAGAAAUUGAGUCGUCCAUUCCAGAAUGUGACGCAUGCCAAGAGAGCUUAUAGAGAAUUCAAACUUAUGAAACUGUGCAAUCACAAGAAUAUCAUUGGUCUACUGAAUGUAUUUAGUCCUCAGAAGACGUUUGAUGAGUUCACCGACGUCUAUCUUGUGAUGGAGUUGAUGGACGCUAGCUUAGUGAUGGUCAUUCAAAUGGACCUUGACCAUGAGCGUAUGUCUUACCUCUUAUAUCAGAUCCUCUGUGGAAUUAAGCAUCUACACUCUGCAGGUAUCAUUCACAGGGAUCUGAAGCCCAGUAAUAUAGUAGUAAAAUCAGAUUGUACGUUGAAGAUUCUGGACUUUGGUCUUGCACGAACUGCAGGCACUAGUUUCAUGAUGACCCCCUAUGUUGUGACACGGUAUUAUAGGGCACCAGAAGUUAUCCUUGGAAUGGGCUAUAAGGAAAAUGUUGAUUUGUGGUCUGUUGGUUGUAUAUUUGGCGAGAUGAUCAGAGGAGCUGUGUUGUUCCCGGGAACAGAUCAUAUUGAUCAAUGGAAUAAAAUUAUAGAAUUAUUAGGUACACCAUCUCAACAGUUUAUGAAGCGGUUACAACCGACGGUACGCAACUACGUGGAGAAUCGACCACGUUAUGCAGGCCAUAUGUUUGACGUCCUCUUCCCAGAUGAGCUCUUCCCUGAAGACAGCACAUCAGAACCCAAUAAACUUACAGCAAAGCAAGCAAGGGAUCUUCUAUGUAAAAUGCUGGUUGUGGAUCCUAAUCAAAGAAUAUCUGUCGAUGAGGCACUUAAACACCCCUAUAUCAAUGUAUGGUACGAUCCAAGUGAAGUGGAAGGGCCUGCACCGAUUCCAUAUGAUCAUUCAAUAGAUGAGAAGGAACUAACAGUAGAACAAUGGAAAGAUUACAUUUUCAAUGAAGUGAUGAAUUUCAAUAAGGUUCAAAAUGGAACACCAGAAGGUGUUCAAGCAAUGGAUCAUAGUGGUGCUGUCGGUAACAGUGGUGGGGCUUCUGGGAUAUCUCACGGAUCAUCAUCAGGAGCAUCUUCCGGAAGAUAGUAUUGUAAUACGCCGUGGCAACGACCCUGUAGCCAUGGAAACCAGUGGGCAUGCUCACAACUUGCAAGGUGUUUGGCCUUGUAUCCAAAGUGGAAGUAAUCCAUGGGGACAGACUCCCCGUUCCGGUCGCAUCAUAGACCUCCGGGGGUCUCUGGCGACAGACGUUUACUUUGCCGACAGUUAAUUUUCUUCCGGCCGACUGGACGGGUACAUUGAAUAUAGGUUUAGUGGUGGUGACGCUUUUCUCUGUCCGUAAGAGAUACCAUUGUACAAUGUGUUAACCCUGUCGGUAAAUGGCAAUUUAAUGGCAUAUCACUUCUGUCAGUCACAAUCCUUCAAAUCAGAAUAUUUUAAUGAAUGCUUAACAGAUCUCAAAUUUAUUAACAUAUCACAAUUUAAUAAUCAAAUUAGGAUAUAUAUAAUAUAUCUACAAUAUAUUUCAAAGCAUCAUUUGCCACAAUCUGGAGGUAAAGAUAAAGAGACUGCCAAACCAGAUUGUGUAAAAAUAUAAUUUCAUACCAUUAUUAAAUUCUUGUUAUUGAAAUUACAGAUUUUUAUAACCAUUUAGUUAUGGUUUGUGGUUAUCUGUUAGGAGUUCACAAAGACUAAAAUCUAUACAUUAAUAAAAAAGGUGUGGUGUGUACAGAUUUGUCAGUAAUGUAGAAAUUGUGCACAUAGGUUAUCGGGACCGGAAUUUUGUGAGAAUGAAAUAAAGUGAUGGUUCAUGCAUUUUAGUCAAAUCCCCAUUAAUGUAUUUACUAGACAUUGUAUCUGGUUUGCUAUUGUUGGAGGAAAAUACUACCCCAAAAGUUUUGUAUAUGAACGUAAAUGUUUGACCCCUUUCAAUUUGCCAUUCGUGUGUCACUUGUGAAGGAAGUUUUUAUUUUGUAGGUUUGUUCAGAGCCCUUGUCAGAUCAUAUUUUUGUAGUGUAGUUUGAACCAUUGUCAGUUUGACUGCUUUUGCCCCUCAUAGCUAUCAAUAUGAAUCACUGUAAAUAUUGUGAACUGUUCCGUGUAAAACAUAGUUUGAAAUAUAGUUCAUAAAUACACGUUCGAAAACGGCUUCAUUGAGGUACUUACUUGAAUGAUUGCCAAAUAUUAUCAUAUUAACUAAAAACAUUUGGCGUGAUGCUUUGAUGUUUUGUUUUUUUCUGGACAUUGUACAUAUUGGUACCACCCUUAUGAACAUUUUCAGAGUAGGGCUGAACGUUUAAGAAUAGUUUUUUUUGGGUGCCUAAUGAUAAGCAUUGCUCGAUGGGUCUCCCUGUUGAAAUCGCAAUGUUAGACGGGGAGUGUUCUUGUUCAGUUACACAAAGCAAAAAUUGCAACAUUUUUAAAAAUCUUGUUAAGUGACAAUCGUAGUUUGAUUGUACAAAUUGCUUUGGAUGAGGCUCAGGUGUUAGGUUGUGCUCAGGUUAUGUGUAGUUGCUUAUUUUUAUUCAUAAUUAUAAUGAGCUUCGAAAAAAAAAAAAAAGAAUUUACUAAUCUAUAAGCUUGUGAGAGCAAUAUAGCCACACAGUAAUUGCCACAGUGAGCCUACAUUUAAGAUACUGAAGUCUGAACUUCAGGCAGUGAAUGUGGACAUUGAGCAUUGGCCUGCACUAACAUAGUGCAUUACUGACAUGCACUUCUGUUUGGAUAUUAGCUGAUCAAAAAAUGUUACGCUCCAGUGGUUAGAAAUCACCACAUUUUGCUGGGUAAUUCCCCUGUUAAUCAUCAAGCCCUUUUCCGCUUCGCACCUCCAUCAGCCCCCCCCCCCCAUAUAAACACUCAUAAGUACGCUACUGCAAGCAUUAGUGUAUGGGUGUGCAUGGGCAUAAGCACAUUGGUUUGUAGGGUGCACUGGCGAUGUGCAUGGUUGUCCAUCCAUUAAAGGCAUGCAUUAGUUGGCAUCUGUGUCAUUGUCAUUACUGUAUUUGCGAAUCACCAUUAAUACCCCAGAACCCAUCAUCUUCAUCACUGUACAAGUUCAUUGUACUCUUAUUCCACCUUCCAUUUCCCACACCAGUUAUUAUUGAUAAAAAAAGACACAAUGUGAAUAAUAUAUUAAUAAUUUGAGUACAAUUUUUAAUGAUUGCCUUUCAAUUGUUGCGCAAUUACACAAUUGUCAUCAGAUUUUAUUAUUGGCCAAUAUGUUUUUUAUAUGUACCACAAAAUUCAGCUAAGGAUGCUUUCUAAAGCAAACAGUAGAGGGCAGUGUUCAAUAAAACAAGCAAGCAAUGCAGUACCAUCAAAAUAAUAUUUUCUCUCCAUGUUACAUUAGUACUGUAUUGGAUGAUUUAAUAACAAAUUUAACUAGUUUUUGGUGGAUAACCAGCAAGAACUUUUUCUUCCCUUUUUUAAAUACAAGAAUGUUUCAUGGACAUUAUAAAGUAUUUUGAGCAAACACACAUGUGACCCAUGGACCACACAUGUGACUCAUGGACCACCCAUGUGAAUGGUUAAUAUAUAUAUAUAUAUAUCUAUCAGUGACUUACGGUGGAGAUUCAAUAUCGGUGGUUUUUUUUUUCACAUAGCUAAUUUUUUCUAGGUCGGGUCUUUAUUAAAAUAUGUUGCUACAGUAUAAACAUUUAGAUUGAGAUUUUUUUUGUAGGGUCGGGUGAUCCAAUGCUCAGUAAUUUAAUCAGUUAACAGUAUGGAAAGUAAAAUUAGUCUCAAAUUAGUUAUUGGGUCAUUAGGCUUUCGUAACAGAAAUCAAUUAUUUGCACCAAAGAAAGCAAGUAAUAUUAAUAGUAUAACAAGAUAAAAAAGAUUGUAGUCAUUCCUAAAUGUUGCUGUAAUAAUUGCAAAGGAAGAGAAUUACUCAUAAAUAUCUUGAGGUCAGGGAUAAUAGGAACAUUUUCAUGCAAUUUUGUAAUUUCUGAACUUGAUUUGCAUCAACCAAUAAGCAUCCUUGUUAAAGCCAUUAUGGCACUUCAUCAACUAAUAUAUCCUGUUAUUGGUGAUGCGAGAGUAUUGUCUGAAUGGCUAAUUAGGAAAUAAAUGACAACGAUUAUGAGUAGGCGAUCACAAAACUUUGUCAGAACAGAUAAUUGUGAGUAUGCAAUCACAGGAUGUGAUUUAAAUUGCAUGAAACUUGUAUGUGAUCACCGAAUGUGAUAAUGAUCUUCAAGGUGUGCUAUUGGCUAAAAGCUGUCAUGUGAUUGAUUAUGCAUGUUUCCUCUGUUUCUCCAGUGAUGUUAUUGAAACUUUCUUAAGAAAUGUAAUCCUGUAUAUCUACAUAAAUACAUAACUUUCAAUAAUGUAUGCGAUUGGUGAAUUAAUUUACAUUGGUAAACUUUUAAUGUUUAUCCACUUUAAUUGUUUAUUGAGAACACAAAGCCAAUGAUUGUAAACAGCAUGGAUUCGUUAUUUUGAAUUUUAUUAAUUGGUUACAUAACCAAUUAAAAUGUGUGAACGAAUUGUAUGAAAUAAUAAAUAGUUGAUCUAUUGGUUACCACUGACAAAUUUUCCACCAAUAGAUCAAUUAUUUUAUAGAUGUUUCUUUUUUUUUUUUACCACAUUUAAGAUGCCUUUUUAAGCAUAGUGCAUUUUAAUAUAUUCAUGUUUUUGUUCUAUGCUGUAAGCUUAGUAUGUUGUGGUUAAUGUACCCUUAAUAAUGUUACUGUAUUGCAUCUAAAAAGAAAGAAAACAAUUGAAGAUUGAUUAAAACAACAAUAGAAAACAUGUACAUUAGGGUAUUUUACAGUUUUGUUUUUUUCUUUGAAUAAAACAGGUGCAGUCUGAUAAA